UACACUUCUACUUGUGACUUUGGUUCUUGCUCCUCGUGAUCUCAUACUUCGAACUCGCGCAGAGCUUCGAAUUUAUCCAGAUUUAUACUGGCUGUUAUCGUUAUCACCGGAUGUCGUGCGGUAAAAGGAAAAUAAUAUUUUGUGCCGGAAUCGGUUCGCUGACGUUCUACUACAUGGUUAUACCGUAUUGCUGAUCAGGAAUACGUGGUGCUGGUUAUUGGACAUACAUUUAGGAUCCGCAAUCUCGGUAUAGUGAACGCGUCAUGAAGACCGAAGUGGAGGACAUGGGGUCAGAGAGUAUAUGCGAGACCGUCGGACAAACAACAACCCUUGGCGCAACCCCGGGGGUGGAUUCGAAACUAGCAGCCGGUGUAAUGGAGUGCGGCGGUUGCGGGGAACGUGUUCGCGAGAGGACAGUCCUCUGCGUGGGUGGCAGAACAUGGCACUCACGAUGCCUGCGCUGCUGCGCAUGCGCGAGGCCACUUCACGAUCAACACUCCUGUUUCCUACGCGGAAUGCGACUUUACUGCAGACACGACUACGCUCUAGCGUUCGGUGCCAAAUGUGCAAAGUGCGGAAGGAGCGUCGGUCCCGGUGACUGGGUGCGUCGGGCCCGAGAGAGAGUCUAUCAUUUGGCGUGCUUCGCCUGCGACGCCUGUUCGCGUCAAUUGUCAACCGGCGAGGAAUUCGCACUUCUGGACGCCAGAUUAUUAUGCAAGGCACAUUACCUUGACGUGGUGGAGGGUAACAAUACUUCGUCAGACGAAGGCGGUGACUCCGAGAGCGGGCACAAGGGUGGCAACAAGGCGAAGAGGGUCAGAACGACCUUCACCGAGGAGCAGCUCUCUGUUCUGCAGGCGAAUUUUCAAUUGGACAGUAAUCCUGACGGGCAGGACCUCGAGAGAAUAGCCCACGUCACGGGACUCAGCAAGAGGGUCACUCAGGUCUGGUUCCAGAAUUCUCGGGCCCGACAGAAGAAACAUCUUCAUACCGGCAAGAUGAAGGGGCAGCACGGUACUGUUAUUCAUUGUUCUCAUCAGUCACCCCCCAAUUCGUCGGCGUCGCCUGGGGAUUUCGGUAGACACAUCAACCUCCACCUGACCUACUCCUUUCAGCAUCAGCAACAUCAGCAGAGUCAACAGCAGACACAGCUGAGUCCUGCUACAUGCAAAAGUCCUACGCCCUCCAUGUAUCAUAAUCACGGUUAUGUUGUUUCAGGCUCGGAACAGUCUAUGGACGAGUUGUCCCAGGACUCUAUGAUGCUCUCUAUGCCGAACGAAGUUUGAGGACCCCGUCCGUUUGGAAACUGUAAAUAGCGAAAGGGAUUUCGUACGCGCCCUGAGGUCCCGAGACGUUUAUGAAACGUCCCGAGGUGAUUCCUCUAGGAGGAAUCCGACUGGUCCGCUACUCGGACAAGGAUCCAAGGACUUGUGAAGAUCGACUGGAUUCUCAGAUGUUUGGCUGGACGAAAAACUUGGACGCACUUUCCAAGGACCUCGUACUACACCUAUACAUAGUUGCAUAUAGAUAUUUAUAUACAUUCCCAGUGCCGUCGGCUUGGGAUUAAUAUUAAAAUAAAAUAUUGAAGGUGCCAACCCAUCUGUCAUUAAGAUGACGCCAUCGCUAUGAAAUAUACCUCCUUGUUUCUUCAUAUUUAUAUCGUUGAGCGUUCUUUAGAAUUUUCAGGUCAACGACCGCACUGAUCUUCAGUUCAGUUUAACCCAAUGUGAGCCAGCCCUUGCGGCCUGAGCACUUUAGUGCAUAAACGUUAAAGAACUAUAUCUGUUGUACAUACGUUUAUCCUUUGUCUAAUAUGUAUCAUAUAGAUUUUUUUUGUCAUUUAAUUAUUUAUAGGGCUUUUUAAAGCUUGCACCUAUCAACGCUUUGACAAUGAUCUCCAGACAGUCAUAUUACCAAUAGAUAAUGCAUAUCGAAUGAUUAAAAAAAACGAGUCUAUCUACAUUUUCAAUGUUAUUCGGUUAAGAAGAAAAGAAUGGGAUAUAUACAAAUUUUGCUAUUUUUUUUUCCUUUUCAUAUUUAUUUAUAAGGAGGAAAAAGCGAGACGGUCCUCUGUGAAAAAGAGGAAUAAAAGAGUGUCGGGCGUUAUUAAAAAAGAUAUGAUUCUGCAUGGUUCUCGCUGUAACAUUUGUAUUGGAAGCUGUAGGUGAAUCUUGAUGUAAAUAUUGUAUACAGAAUUAAUAAUGAAAUAUA